CAUAAACACGACAAUAAACCUGCCAAAAACCCAGAGGAAAAAAGAAAACCCACCCAAAACCUAAAUUUGGUCGAAGCCAAAAGCAGUCUUCUAUUCUUCAACAAAACGAGUUCGUGUUCAGUUGUUGUUCUCUCUCUCUAAAGUACUGUCUCACUGAAACCCAUUAAAGGGAUAUGGAGGAACUUAAUUUUAUCAAAGAAGAGAAUGCGGAGGAACUAGAUCAAAGCCUUAAUCAACACGAGAAUGAGGGAGUACCAGAGAACUCACUCCUUGAGGUGAAAGAAGAACCUUCACUCCUUGAGGUGAAGCAAGAACAGGAGCAGGAGCAGGAACCAGAACAAGAACAAGAAGAGGAACAGGAACAAGAACAGGAACAGGAACAGGAACAGGAAAAAGAACUACAACAAGAAGAUGUUGCUGCUACUGCGGGUGGUGGUGAAAGGUGGCCAGGGUGGCCAGGGGAAAGUGUAUUCCGCAUGCUGGUCCCUUCACAAAAAGUAGGUAGUAUUAUUGGACGCAAAGGAGAGUACAUAAAAAAAACAGUUGAAGAAUCAAAAGCUCGUAUCAAGAUUCUCGAUGGUCCUCCAGGGACUUCUGAGAGAGCAGUAAUGGUAUCUGCCAAGGAGGAUCCCGAUGCCUCUCUUCCACCUGCUAUAGAUGGUCUUCUGAGGGUUCAUAAACGUGUUGUUGAUGGGCUCGAGAGUGAUUCUUCUCAUCCUCCUCCAGGUAUACCUGGAAAGGUCUCGACAAAGCUGCUGGUGCAAGCAGCACAGGCUGGAAGUCUUAUUGGAAAACAAGGGACAACUGUCAAGACCAUUCAAGAAGCAUCCCAGUGUAUUGUUAGAGUUCUUGGAACAGAGGAUCUUCCUGUUUUUGCACUUCAAGAUGAUAGGAUAGUUGAAGUAGUAGGGGAGCCUGCAAGUGUACACAAGGCAGUUGAGUUAAUUGCUAAUCACUUGAGGAAAUUUUUGGUUGAUCGCAGCAUAAUCCCAGUAUUUGAGAUGCAAAUGCAAAUGCCAAAUCCACCAGUGGAACACAUGCCACCUCCACAGUCUUGGGGUCCUCCUCCCCAAGCUUUCCCCCCAAGCGCUGCUGGAGGUCCGGGAUAUGGAUCUAAUCCUCAUUUCAUGCCACCACCAUCAAGGCAACAUGAUAGUUAUUACCCUCCAGCUGACAUGCCACCAUCGAGGCAACAUGAUAGUUAUUAUGCUCCAGUUGACAUGCCACCUCCACUGGAGAAACAACCUCAUCAGGGAAUUUCUGCAUAUGGAAGAGAAGCUCCAAUGUCAAUGCAUUCAUCAUCAAACAACACAGCCGCACCGUCUCUGAUUACUCAGAUUACACAGCAUAUGCAGAUCCCAUUGUCCUAUGCUGAUGCUGUGAUUGGAACAAAUGGUGCGAGCAUAAGCUACAUCCGGCGGGUUAGUGGUGCUACUGUUACCAUACAGGAAACAAGGGGAGUUCCUGGGGAGAUGACUGUUGAGAUCAGUGGAACUGCUUCUCAAGUCCAAACAGCACAACAAUUGGUACAGAAUUUCAUGGCAGAUGCAGGGGCGCCUCAGGCACAGACAGCUCCACCAGCUGACCAAGGCUACAACUCCUAUGGAGCUCCUCCUACUUCUAUGUAUUCAUCUGCCCCUACAAAUCCAGGCGUUCCAGGUCAAUCAGGGGGCUAUGGUUCAGUGUAUGGUACCAACUAUGGCUAUUGAGCUGGACCCUUUUGCAUUUCAUUUGGUGAACAAAACUAAUAAUCCUUUCAUCAGAGUGCUUUGUACUGUUGUACCUUCAUUUAGGCCUAGUGACAUGGAACUCCUAUAGGUAGAGAGUAUAUGCAUUAGGCUCGUCACAACGAUGUACCUACCAAAUGUCUAUUUCAUUUUUCUCCUGAUUUGUCUCUAUCUCACCUUCCUACUUUUUCCAAGACUAAUAUGAUCUUUAACACUGAAUAUUUUCA